AUGGUGCGGGUGUUCAGUAUGAAGGAGAAAGCAGAGAAAGGGAAGACGGAGAAAGGCCAUCUGGAAUUACUUUCAACCAUGGAUUAUGGCAUCCCUGGAUUUUCUCAGCUUUUUGGGUUCAUACCUGCACAUCCUACCAAGCGAAUCCUGUGGGCCACUAUUUUCCUUUUGUGCCUGUCCAUCACCGUCUACGAGGUGACAACAUUCUCCAGUGAGUAUGCAUCCUGGCCGGUGACAAAGAAAUUCGAUUGGGCUUAUCAUGGAACGGCUCCGUUUCCUUCCAUCACGCUGUGCAAUGAAAAUAGCUUCAAACCAAAGGUGGUGAAAGAAUAUUUAAAGUCGGGAGUGGUGAUGUCAUCUUACCCGAUCAAAGACUGGGACUUUAAACAUUUUAAGGACGGUCCAGAAAUCCUGAAUGCAAUCAACAGGAGCUUCUUUCACCUGGAAGACGCCCUUCAGGGAUGCCUACUAUCUGGGAAACCUUGCUCAGAUGAGGAAUAUUUUUAUGCAGUGGGAUGGUGGACAGAGAAAGUCACGGAAUCCCAAGGUCUCUGCCAUACCUUCCAACCAGACCCAAAUAAGCCCAUGCCGACGGGAGGAGGCAGGCUGAAGGGCUAUAUUUUGAAUUUCACUGAUACUGGUGACUGGUUUUGCGAUUCCAAGGAUCCCAUCUGUGGUCAUGUGCAGGACAGCGGGUGGCAGAUCUUCCUGAACGAGGGGAUGCACACGGACAGAGAUGCCGUGUGGAACGACGAGGUGAUCCAACUGGCAUCAGGAGAAACGAGGCGGUAUCGAGUCUCAACGACUGAAGAGACACUCCUCAACAGGCCGGGGUCUCCAUGUUUCAAUGGGAACAAUUUCAGCACUACAUUGAAUUGCUUGGAGACGUGCCUCUAUCGCAACAUCCUUGAGCUUGCCAAUGUGACGUGCUGGCCCUACUGGCUGCCGACCCUGGCUGACUUUCGCCCGAGACCCUGUGGCACAGAACAGGAAUAUCAAAGGAUUUGGCUCGUGUCUGGGAAGCUACUCGAAUCGGACAUUGCUCAGAAUGAUCUCAUCGACGUACAGGAAUCAGAAUCUGCUGUUUAUCCUAGAGAACUUAACUACAGGACACCCUGUAUGACAGAAAAAAGUCGAGACGUCCGCCAUAUCGAACAAAUCAGUCCCAAGUUUCUUGUCUCUAUAAAGGAUGGUGACGACAAGCUGCCUCGGCCAGAGGAGAUCCUGCAGAAGGAGUGCAAAUACUGCGGUCGUGCAUGCCACAGGAAAGAUUACGUCCCGGUUGCGAGAAACGGUGCCACCAUUUCGUCAGGGGGAGCAUUCGUCAACAUAAUCCUCGACCCUGACUUUCAAUAUCACAUAGAGAUUUGGGCCUAUGAAUUCCCGCAAUUCAUCUCUGAUUUUGGUCAGUCCAUAGUCAUCACAUUGCAUCUCAUCGUAUAA